AUGGACACCGGGACCGUCACCGCACCCACCGCCGCCACGGGCUCUAGCACUGCUGGCGCAGGCGACGUCAAGGCGGUGGCUAAUGUCGACUGGAACCCCAAGGAGGAGCCGCUGACGACGCCCAAGAUCCCGAGCGCUCCGACUGGCGCCGCCGCGGGCGCCGUCGCGGGCGGCGGCGGCAACAAUCCGGCCGGCGGCGGCGUCGCCGGCGGCUUCGUCACUAACAGCGGCGUCAGCAACGGCGUCGCCAGCGGCACGACGAGCAACAGCGGCAUCGGCAACGGCAACGGCGCAACCAGCAACGCCGGCGCCGGCGUCGGGGUCGGGGCGCGCCCCACCAGCACCAUCGGCAACGGCGGCGGCAGGAGUGGUUCCAACGGCGUUGGCUCUACACUCGGCAGUGCCACACAAGGAGCCAGUGGCGUCUCUGCCGGCUUUGGGGGCACGUCCACAGGCAUCACCGGCGGGGGGGUUGGCGGGAGCAGUGGGGGCGGUACAGCCGGCCGCAGCGGUCUGACGGUGAACAGCGGUGUGGGCACAGGCGUGGGCAGUGGUGUGACUGCGAACAGUGGCGGUGCAACGAGCAAUGCAGGGGCUAACAUUGGCCCGAUCUUCCCUACUGACAACACCCGCAAUGGGGGUGGCGAGGGCGGUCGUUCGGGCGGCUCAAGCAAUGGGGAUGGUAGCAGUGGGGGUAGUGGCAGUGGCGGUGGUUCUGGCGGUGGGAGUGGGAGUGGCCGUCGUUGA